AUGUUUAGCUCGAUUAAAAGUGCCGCUAGAGGUGUGAACAUGAGAUCGAUCUCGACUGCGAGACAGGCCGCUGGUGCGCCGUGGGCGCGCAGAGCGGCCGUGGCCGGUGCGGCCGUUUUGGGCGCGGGUGCCUCGGCGGCGCUGUACGCCGAGUCCUUGACCGCGGACGCCAUGACUGCUGCGGAGCACGGUCUACACCCUCCAUCCUACGGGUGGUCGCACAACGGUCCUUUGGACACCUUCGACCACGCGUCUAUUAGAAGAGGUUACCAGGUGUAUCGUGAGGUGUGCGCCGCGUGCCAUUCUCUGGAGCGUGUCGCGUGGAGAACGCUGGUGGGUGUAUCGCACACCAACCAAGAGGUGCGUGAAAUGGCUGAAGAGUUCGAGUACGACGACGAGCCUGACGAGCAAGGUAACCCUAAGAAGAGAGCCGGUAAGCUGGCUGACUACAUCCCUGGUCCAUACCCUAACGAGCAGGCUGCCAGAGCUGCCAACCAGGGUGCUCUGCCUCCUGACUUGUCCUUGAUCGUCAAGGCCAGACACGGUGCCUCUGACUACAUCUUCGCUCUGUUGACAGGCUACCCCGACGACCCUCCAGCCGGUGUUGUUCUGCCUCCAGGCUCCAACUACAACCCAUACUUCCCAGGUGGCUCUAUUGCCAUGGCGCGUGUUUUGUUCGACGACUUGGUCGAGUACGAGGACGGCACCCCUGCUACCACCACCCAGAUGGCGAAGGACGUCACCACCUUCUUGAACUGGUGUUCUGAACCUGAGCACGACGAGAGAAAGAGACUGGGUCUUAAGGCUAUUAUUGUCUUGUCCUCCCUGUACUUGCUGUCCGUCUGGGUCAAGAAGUUCAAGUGGGCUUCUGUCAAGAACAGAAAGUUUGUUUUCAACCCUCCUAAGAAAUAA